AUGAUGUUUGGACUCCCGGAAGAUGCUGAUGAUUCCGAAGAUGGAUAUGAAGCGGAAGAUCCAGAUACUAAUUUGAAUUUAACUCGUGUCUUUGAGGAUGAAGACCUAUUUGAACAUCAAGGAAGCCGUGCAUCAGGACCGGCCUUAGUUCCAAACCCGAUUCCCGGUACAUCUUUGGACGAGAAUUGGGAAAAUGUCAGUCCAAAUAUUGAACGAUUUGAACGCCAGUCUGAAAACAGUCCCAUUCGCGGCCCGAUACGUCGUCGUCGUGUUCUCUCUUCAGAAUCCUCGUCGUCCUCGGAAAACGAAUCACAGAGUGAAACCUCAGCAGAUGAUGGUAACGACGACGAUUGGAAAAAAAUCAUGUGGUCAGCUGAGAGUAGACCUAAGGCUGAAGACUAUGAUCGAAUACCACUGAAAGCGAAAGAUUUCUUUCCUAGCAGGACAGCGCCGAUCGUAUAUUUUUCCAGAUUUUUUUCAGGCGAGGUAAUCAAUCAUAUAGUUGAGCAAACGAACUUAUAUGCAGCCCAGAAAAAGAGUAUGAAGUGGGAACCAGUGACGAGUGCUGAUAUAAAAGCCUUUAUUGGAAUGAUUAUAAUUAUGGGUCUCCAUGUUUUACCCUCCAUCGAUUUAUACUGA